AUGUCUUUACCAAUCAUUCUUAAAGGCAUAUCAGCCGUUUUCCUUUACCAGGGUGGUGACCAUGCCGCCCAAGGUGUCAAGAAAUACCUGUCACCAAACGAACGAGCCAAACUUCCACCAGACGUCGUCACUCUUAUGGAUUCACAAUACCGCUUCUUGGGAGCUAUGUACGCGGGCUUUGGUGUUGUAGUUGGUUGGGCAUCCUAUGAAAUUUCCGAAAGACAUGUCCCGUUGGCUGUCAUUAUGGGAACACUAGUGGUGGCUGGUAUUGCAAGGGCUGUAUCAGGUGCGGUAUUUGGCUGGGCUGUUCCAUGGCUUCGACGAGCUACUAUCACUGAGAUUGUUGUGCCACCUUUGAUCUAUUGGUUUGGAAUUCGAAAGUAUGUUUGA